CGCUUUUGCGAUUUGUUUAUUUACCAAACGGAGUUACCUACUGGUUGAGGUGAGAACAUCUGAGGCUUUCAAUUGGUUGUUAGGUUGCCAUCGUGAUAGUUCGUACUGAGGAUGAGUUUUUUGAAGAAGCUAGUGUUGUCUUCUCAAUUCCGGGUAUUACAUUCUGUAACACAAGCUAAAGACAUCUCCAAAUUUUCGACCUACAUGUCUCUCAAAGCCAAAUACGGGAAGUUAAUUAACGAUCAUGUCACAAAUGCUUUUUAUUUACCAAUAGGAGAAGAUGGAUCUGACAUGGGAAUGGUACUGUACGAACAACAGAAGGGAAUACUGAACUUGCAUCAUACUGAGGUUCCGGAACACCUUAGAGGAAAAAGUGUCGGACACGAUUUGGCCAAGGAAGUGUUUGAAUACUGUUCAGCCAGAAACCUGAAAGUCCUACUUACAUGCGAGUUCCUCCAGAAAUUCUAUGAAGAGAAUCCUCAGUACAAGGACUUGGUGGUGAAGCGUUAAAAUUAUACCUAUAUA